AGAAAAACAUCUCCUUUUCGUCAGAGUUUGACUCCCCUGUAUCUCGCGCAAGCGCAACCCGAGAAGAGAGGAAGAGACGAAGGGCGAUAGAUAGGGAGAGAUGGGCGGCUACGAGAACGGGGACUCGCCGUCGGCGGCCGCCGGCGAGGGCGGCGUGAUCCUGGGCGUGGACGGCGGCACCACCAACACCGUCUGCGUCUGCCUGCCGGCCGCAAUGCCGUCGCCGGAGUCGCCCGGCGCCGUCCCCGUGCUCUCCCGCGCCGUCGCCGGCUGCUCCAACCGCAACUCCGUCGGAGAAAGCGCGGCAUUGGAAACUCUAGAGAAGGUCAUGAGACAGGCUCUUGCAAUGGCCAGCACAGAUCGUUCAGCUGUCCGUGCAGUUUGUUUAGCAGUAUCUGGAGUUAACCAUCCUUCAGAUCAGCAGAGGAUGCUGGAAUGGAUCCGAGAUCUGUUCCCUGGCCAUGCCAAGUUUUAUGUGGAAAAUGACGCGGUGGCAGCUCUGGCUAGUGGUACAAUGGGAAAGCUACAUGGCUGCGUAUUGAUUGCGGGCACUGGAAGCAUUGCUUAUGGGGUCACAGAAGAUGGAAAAGUAGCGAGAGCAGCUGGUGCUGGGCCUGUUUUAGGCGACUGGGGUAGUGGAUAUGGCAUUGCUGCACAGGCCCUGACAGCAGUAAUAAAAGCACACGAUGGUCGUGGACCACAGACUACUAUUACAAGAGAGAUCCUGAAGAAGCUUGAACUUUCUUCACCGGAUGAAUUGAUUGGGUGGACAUACGCAGAUCCAUCUUGGGCUCGUAUUGCAGCACUUGUACCUGUAGUGGUAUCUUCUGCUGAAGAUGGUGAUGAAGUAGCUAACAAAAUUUUGCAUGAUUCAGUGCAAGAGUUAGCUGAUGCUGUUAUAGCUGUUGUUCGGCGCCUUAGAUUGUGCGGUGAAGAUGGAAAGGACCAGUUUCCACUUGUUUUGGUUGGGGGAGUCCUGGAAGGCAAUAAAAAAUGGAACAUCAGUGGCGAGGUUGUAAAUUCCAUUUCCAAUGUCUUCCCUGGUGUCCAUCCUAUUCGACCUGAGGUGGAACCAGCAAUUGGUGCUGCCUUACUAGCCUGGAGCCAUCACCGCAAAGGGUCAAAGCUGGAAAAUGGAAGUUGAUUCCCGGAAUGGGAGGAUGUCAAUUGUACAUUGAGGAAUUGGCCAACCAAAGGGUAAAUUUGGUCCCAAAGGUACAUUCAUCAGCAUCAAGGCUUCUGCUUUGUAAAUAGUAAUUCAUGGAUGGAUGCAAAGGCACUAUUCUCUGUGCAUCAUAAGGCUGGGAAGAACAUCUGUUUCUGAUAUAAGCAGGUAGCAUUUCGAAAGAAUUGUUCACAAGGCCUUUGAUUCUAACUCUUUGUUGACCUCUGUAUGUGUGCUGUUUGCGUUUGGAGGGAAGAAAAUGUAUCGUUGUAUCAUGGAUAAUUGAUCUUCAAAUGUCUAUUUGUUUUACUUCUUCAGUUUA